AAAACAGAGUAACACUCUGCCCGAAAUUUCUUCUUCUUCUGUUAUAUCUCUUUCUCGUGAAGCCCAAUGUAAAUUCCUCGCACGGAUUCAACUACCCCCAAAAAGCUGAACACUUCUUUCUCUCUAAAUCCUCUUUCUUUUAUUUCAACUCAAAACCCCCAAAAUAUCGAAACUUCAUCCAUUUUCAAAAAGACCCUUUUAAAGAUUUUAAAAUAUACAACAGGUUUUUAUUUCAACGUUCUGAUAAAAAUGAGUCUGGAGGCUGUGAAGAAGAUGUUUCGGAGGGUGAAGCAGGCGGUGAAGAAGACCAAGAAGAAGCAGAAACAGACUGUGUUUCAGUAUGAUCCGUGGAGUUACGCCUUGAACUUUGACGACGGAGGAGAAAAUCCUCAGAGAAGAUACUCCGGCGACUAUAAACACUGCAAGAUCACUUUGAUUUAUGUUGUUUCUGUCAAAUUUUGACAAGUUAUCUCGUUCGUUUACCGUUUUGAAGCAGUCCACAUUUGUUUCAGUGUCUCUACCUCUCUAUCUCUGUCUCCUUUUUGUCAUUUUCCAUCAAACUUUAGCUAAAGAUAUUUUUUUUUCUAAAAACUUUAACAGUGCUAGUGUUUUGUUUAUGUGUACUGCAAAAGAUUGAAGGCCUUGGUCUUCUAAGUUCAAGUCAAGCUUCUUAAAAUCGA